CAGAAUGAAUAAAGAUGCCCAGAUGAGAGCCACCAUUAACCAAAAGCUGAUAGAAACGGGAGAGCGGGAACGCCUUAAAGAGUUGCUGAGAGCCAAAUUAAUUGAAUGCGGCUGGAAGGAUCAGUUGAAGGCACAUUGCAAAGAUGUCAUUAAAGAAAAAGGAUUAGAGCACGUUACUGUUGAUGAUUUGGUUGCAGAAAUCACUCCCAAAGGCAGAGCCUUGGUACCAGACAGUGUAAAGAAAGAACUCUUGCAAAGAAUAAGAACCUUCCUUGCCCAGCAUGCCAGUCUUUAACUUUGACAUUCGUCUGGGAUAGUGUUUCUGUAUUAUGUCAAUCAUGUCAGGAUUGGAAUGCAGUUUACAUACUUAAGGAUGGAAA